AUGGCCCAACCCUCCAAAUCACGAUCCAGGAGAUCGUCAUCAUCAACUUCUUACUCAUCAACCUUAACAACACUCAUCUUCACCGCGCUUUGUGUUUUGGGCAUAUGGAUGCUAACCUCCAACUCCGUCGUCACACCUAAAACACACACAGCCAUUGAUGAUAACAACUCUCAAGCCACUAACACUCAAGAUCUCGCCCAAGACACGCCUGAAACCACCACAUCAACGACAAACACCAUCCAACAAGAUGAUCCCCUUGAAAUCACCACACAUGUCGCAGACGAAUCGUCACGUGAAACAAACACAAAUGUCUCAGAAGAGCCACGUGAAACCGCCACAAAUAUCCCAGGAGAGCUACGUGAAACCGCCAUAAAUAUCUUUGAAGAGCCUCGUGAAACGACCACAAGUACCACAGAAGAGUCAAGUGAAUCUAUCACCGAAAGCCAUGACAAAAAGGAAGGUGAUGUAUAUGGGGACAACCCUGGCAACCUCCCGGACGACGCCAUAGCAAAUGAAGGUGGAAACAGCGAUAAGAAAGAAGUUUCGAGUGCAAACGAAGCUGGCGAAGGUGUGCUCAAUGACCAGAAAAGUAAUGAGAGUGAGAAAGACGCGCAAAGUGUUCAAGUAUCUGAAGGGGAGCAAAAGGGUGAAGAAGAGAACCAGAACAUGGCACAAGAUGAAAAAGAAAACCCAAAUACAAAACAAAAUGAAGAAGCUGAGAAUGUGAAUACGAGAGAAAACCAAGAAGAGGGCACGAGUGGGGGUCAACAAAACUUUGAUGUGCAAGGAGGUAAGGGCAAUGACGAUGAAGCGAAUGUGCAACAACUAAGGGAAGACAAAGGUGAGGUGACGGAGAAAGAACCAAAAGAAAGGAAGCAAGAUGAGGGUGGAGAAAAGGAAAAGGAAAAGAAAAAGGAAGGGCAGGUAAGAAAAUGGGGCCAAGUGUUGAAGAGGGAAACCGCAACGGAAACAGCAACGGAAACAGAAAUGGCGACGGAAACGGCAACGGAUAAGUCUGAUGAGGGUGAGAAGAAGGGACAGAAGGAGGAAUCGGGUGAAGUGCAGAUGCAAGAUUUGAAGUGGAAUCUGUGCAAUGUCUCAACUGGUGGUGAUUAUAUUCCGUGUUUGGAUAAUGACAAGUAUUUGAAAACUUCAACAAGAAAACACUUCGUACACAGAGAGAGGCACUGCCCUGAAGAUGCACCAACUUGCCUGGUCCCACUUCCCAAGGGUUACAAAAUACCAAUCCAAUGGCCUGCCAGCAGAGAUAAGGUAUGGUUCCACAACGUACCACACACUCUCUUAGCAGACGUGAAGGGACACCAAAACUGGAUGAAGUUGAAGGGUGAAUUCUUGACGUUCCCGGGAGGGGGCACCCAGUUCAUUCACGGUGCUCUCCACUACAUUGAUUUUCUUCAACAGGCCGAACCAAGUAUUGGAUGGGGAAAGCACACUAGAGUGAUUUUGGAUGUUGGGUGUGGGGUUGGCAGUUUUGGAGGUUUUCUCUUUGAGAGGGAUGUUAUUGCCAUGUCUUUUGCACCCAAAGAUGAGCAUGAAGCACAAGUGCAGUUUGCCCUUGAGAGAGGGAUACCGGCAAUAUCUGCCGUCAUGGGCACUCAAAGGUUGCAAUUCCCCAGUCAAGCCUUUGAUCUCAUUCAUUGUGCACGUUGUCGUGUACCUUGGCAUGAUGAUGGUGGCAUGUUGCUUUUGGAAUUGAAUCGUCUUCUUAGACCAGGGGGUUAUUUUGUGUGGUGUGCUACACCUGUGUACCAAAAGAUCGAAGAAGAUGCUCAUAUAUGGAACGAAAUGACCGCAUUGACCAAGGCCAUUUGCUGGGAACUCGUAACCAUAAAAAAGGAUAAAUUGAAUCAAGUUGGCGCAGCCUUCUACCGCAAACCCCUUACCAACGAAUGCUACGAUCAAAGAGAGCAAAACCAACCUCCUAUGUGCAAAGCGGACGAUGAUCCAAACUCUGCAUGGUAUGUUCCGCUGCAGGCGUGCAUGCACAAGUUGCCUGUUGGCGAUGAGAGAGGAACCAAGUGGCCUGAAGCUUGGCCUCAGAGACUGCAAAAAGUCCCAGAGUGGUUAAAAAACAUGCAAGGUGGAGAGCAACUUUCUCAAGACUUUGCAGCUGAUAAUGAACGUUGGAAAAACGUUAUCGAUGAGCUUAGCAACAUUGGGGUAUCUUGGUCUCACGUCAGAAAUAUCAUGGACAUGCGAGCUAGUUAUGGAGGAUUCGCAGCAGCUAUUAAGGAUCUUCCUGUCUGGGUAUUUAAUGUGGUGAACAUAGAUGCUUCUGAUACACUUCCUGUGAUCUAUGAACGGGGUCUUAUUGGCAUAUACCAUGACUGGUGUGAAUCCUUCAGCACCUAUCCACGAACUUAUGAUCUACUGCAUGCAGAUAAUCUUUUCUCAAAUCUAAAGAAAAGGUGCAAUCUUGUUCCCGUGAUAACAGAGAUUGACAGAAUACUAAGACCAGGAGGUAAUUUGAUUGUUCGUGAUGAGCCUAGUGUGAUCGGUGAAGUGGAGAAUUUGUUGAAAACUCUCCAUUGGGAAAUAACCUCGACAAACCAAGAAGGUCUACUUAAUGGGAAGAAAGGAAUGUGGCGACCUUCGUCAUAA